AAUGACUCUCCAAAGAGUGUGUUGAAUGGGGGAAAGUUGACAGAGUGAUUGUCAAUUAUCUACUUUGCUGUGUCGGAGAGCUAAGUAGUAGCGACCCAGUGAUGAUUCAGUGCUCGGUUGGUUGAGUCGUUAAGUCAAUCAACCGACACGUCCAGUCCACACGGACCAGUUGGCCGCUUGGAAUUUUAAGAAUCUCUAUUUUGCUGAGUUCAUCCACAUGCUACAGUAUGGCAUACAGGCAAGCAAACAAUGCUGUCUUCAACACGCCAAAGACGUACCAAGCAUCCUCUGGUGGAAAUGGGCCGGGCAAUCUGCGCUCCCCUACACCAUCGAAAUGGGACACCAUGAAGGAGCAACUAGGAAUAUCUGAUGAUGACUUUUUAAACAGUGACAGUGACAAUUCCAGCGAUGAAUAUGAAUCAAAAGGAGCAGGUCGGUUGUCUAAAGAGGAUGCUGAAGCCCUACGCCAAGAACUUGAAGAGAAAGACAGGCAGAGAGAAGACCUAAUCCUACAAGUCAAGAACUUCCGCGAUAAUGCCAAAAAAUACCGAUCACGAUGCGAGAAGGAGCAGGCGAACAAAUGGCAGCAGAUCAAGAUAAUGAGAAAAACGCACGAAUCACAUCUCAACGAAAAGCGACAACUCAUCAGAAACCUCCAAGACAUCAUCGAGGAGCAAGAGGGAAGGAUCUUCGAGCUGGAGAGCGAACUCAAAGGCAACAACAGCCCUACCCUAAACACCCCCAGCCCUACCCUAAGCAACUCCAACCUCUCCGACAACGUCCAGAAGCUGGCUUCCUCCCUGGAUCGUCUCCAGACAGAGAUGGCCAGCAUUCGGGAGAAGCAGCUAGCCGGUGAGCACCAGCUUGUCUCCAUGGAACAAGACCAUGAACACGAGAAGAAGGGCAUACAUGAGGACAUGACCCAGCUCAGGUCAGAGUUGAACGAGGCACAUGUUAUGAUACGCUCACUACGCAACGGCGAGCAGGUAAUAUCUGCAGGCACUGACAACGAGAAAGAGAUUGAGAAACUGAAGCAGGAGCUACAGAGAUACGAAGCUGAGCUGCUGAUGGCGAAGGCGAUGCAGGAAGAGGUGGCACAACAAGAGAUGGAGACAUCGCAGAAAGAUGCUGCAGCACUUAAGAAAUUUGAGAGCGAGAACAGGAGGUUAAAAGAUCGCAUCCUUGAGCUGGAAGCAGACAUGGCCACCAAGUCCAAGGUCAUGGCAGAGUCAGAGGCCAGCCACAAGAGGCAGCAACACCGUCUUGAGAAAGCCAUCAAGGAGCAAUCUUCCAGACUCAAGGCUGUGGAGCAGCAGUUUGAUCACCUCAAGGCAAACCCUCAGGUUGUUGAAGUCACCAAGACAGUAACUGUCGAGUCAGAGGCGGAUAAGGAUGCCUUAAUCACCUCUAAAGAACAAAAUAGACAACUCAACAGACAACUCUGUAGUCUGAGAGAAUCAUGUGAUGCCACCGAACAACAACUCCUUAACUCCAAGACACACAUCAAGGCCCUGCAGGAGAAGUUAAUAGAACACGAUGCCCACAUGGCACUCCUUGAUCAGGAGAUGCACGCGCUUGCAAAGCGUGCCGAGGUGGAAGUCGCCGAAGCCCGGAGGGAAGGCGAUGAGAAAGCCUCCUCCCUCAACCAACGCUUCUCAGCAAUGAAAGCCAAGUUCACCCAGAUCCGACCAGGACUGGUAACCAUUGCCCAGGAGUACCAGCAGCUUCGUUCAUUGUGUGCGCAGUUCCCAUCGAUGCUAAAGGCCGCCAUUGAACAAACGAAACAAGAGAUCAGCCAGGCCCUGUCAGAUCUCACAGAACACAACAAGGAACUGGUGCAUAAGUAUCACCGUGAGAUGGCCCUGCGGAAGCGAUACCACAACGAGAUUAUCGACCUCAAGGGAAGUAUUCGAGUCUUCUGCAGGGUCCGUCCUCUCAUCCGAGAGGACGGCUCUGGCCCGCUGGCUAGAAGUGCCGUCACCUUUGACGAUGAUGAUGAUGCUCUUAUCUUUUUGCAAAACAAAGGGCGGACUACCACAUUUGAAGUGGAUAAGGUGUUUCAGGCACAAUCUACUCAAGAAGAGGUAUUCAAAGAAGUUGAACCACUGGUUGUAUCAAGCAUUGACGGUUAUAAUGUUUGUAUAUUCGCCUAUGGUCAGACUGGAUCAGGAAAGACCUACACCAUGGAGGGACCAGCCAGUAAUCCCGGCAUCAACCAACGCGCCCUACAGCAUCUCUUUGAGGAAACGAGUGCCCGAUCGGAGGAGUGGUUAUACACCAUUACUGUCUCGGUCAUGGAGAUUUACAAUGAAACACUCAGAGAUCUCCUCAGCGAUGAUCCUCAAGUUAAGCUCGAGAUCAAAAUGAACCCGGAUGGGAGUGGUUUGUACGUUCCCGGUCUUUGUGAGAUCGACGUGACGAGUGUGGAAGACGUAAAUGAGGUCUUCAAAAUGGGUCGCCGCAACCGGGCAACAGCCACUACAGAUAUGAAUGAACACAGCUCACGCUCACACGCUCUGCUUUGUGUCCGUAUCAUCGGCAAAAACAAGGCCUCAGGCAAACGGAACAUCGGUAAGCUGAACCUUGUUGACCUUGCGGGGUCAGAGAGAGUCAACAAGUCCGGCUCCAACACAGACACAACCCGACUCAAGGAAGCCCAAAGUAUCAACAAGUCCCUGUCGUCACUGGGCGAUGUCAUCUAUGCGCUGCGCAGCAAGCAAGGUCACAUUCCCUAUAGAAACUCAAAGCUGACAUACCUGUUGCAGGAAUCACUGGGAGGUGACAGUAAGACCUUAAUGGUUGUCCAAAUAUCCCCCGUCAACAAGAACAUCAGUGAAUCCCAAUGCAGUCUAAGCUUUGCCCAGAGGGUCCGAGCAGUGGAGCUGGGUGCGGCUUCAAAAAAGAGCGAAGCGGCAGAGGUAGCUGUCCUCAAAGACAGACUAGCGCAAUAUGAGGACGGACCAACAUCUGGUUAUCACUCAUCACCGACAAGGAGUACCAAGGGUACCCCAACAAGAACACGGGGUACCCCACGAAGAUGAUCCAAACCCAAGACUCGCCACUAUUAAGAUAUGAUAUAAUCAGCACCCGACUAAACAGGAAGAAAACAGAGCUUCUGCAUUUGUAAACCAAAUUGAUACGUUAUGCACAACUGUUUUUCCUGGGGAUUGGUAUUAACUAAGGUUUAUGGUAACACAGUGAACUAUUUGCUGUUGUAAAGCAUUAGCAAAACUAGAAAAACUAGUUGCUACUCAAAUAUCACGAUAUGUUACUAAGGGAAUCAAUGUGUGGUGAAGAGGUUUUCAACUAGUGGUUUAAUUCCAAUGAGGCCUGGUUCUUGAUAAGAACCAGGCCUCGGCCGGUGUGGCGGCCUCAGCGCUCCGGCAGUCUCAGAGCUCCGGUGACGUAACCGGAGAUUUCGGCACGCAGUAAGCACGGUCUCAGAUCUCUGGCGUGCCAAGCUCUCCGGGAUGACGUAGCAUGCUGUCGUUGUGGGCGUGGGUCCCCGUCCCCCCCCCCCCACCUACUGCCACGAAUAAAUCUUCGAGACCUGUUUUGUUAUCGUACGAGUGCUUUUCCCAGGGGCAACCCAAAACCCUUUUCUGGCUUUCAGAAGAACCUUCUUUGCACUCCUCAAAUACUUAUUAUAAACGUGAUUACUUUUUUUUCAAAAUACUGUCGCAGACGCUCCACUCGUUCACCACACGAUAUGGGCGCCGCCAUGACAGCUACGAGAGUAGUAGACUUGUGGACUUGCGAACUGCUGGUUGCGCGACUACUACGAGCUGCCUGGAGUCGGGCAGCGCAAUAGUUGCGCACCCAGCAGUUCGCGCGCGGAGAGCACCGCUGCAACUCGACUAUCUCACCGCGUGGGACAAUAAACGACUUGUCCCUAAGUCUACUACGAGAGUGUACUCGGCACGGCGCUAAAAUCGACUACUUUCGCUUGGUGUGCGCAGGCACGGCAUAACGUAAUACUACCGUAUUUGGUAAUCUGGAGCUCUGAGACCGCCGGAGCUCCGAGACCGCCACACCGGUUUAAACCACUAGUUGAAAACCGAUUCAACACGCUUUGAUUCCAAUUCAUAAAUACCUUUUUGGUUAAAA